CAUAAGGAGUUCUAUAAAUAGAAACCUAGUGCAAUAGUUUGCGGUUACAUUUUUCCUUGCAGAAACCCUAGUUCUCUGACUUCCGUCUUCUUGGCUAGCACCGAGGUUUUGGAGGAGCACUGUUCGUGUGGACUCAAUAGAGGCUCUGCUGUUUGCUUGGCUGUGAUCGAGAUUCCAGUUCGCAUAUUCCACCGAUCGUUUUCAGACUUUCAUUCUAAGGUAACAAUCGAAUCACUGGUUCAAGUUUCAAUUCGUAAUGAUCCAAGGAAAGUAAAUCGAAAUUUUAUUCCGCUGCUUAUUCUGUUUAUGUCGAUUUACCUUCAUUUUUUUGUUAGCAUUAUUUGUUUAUGGUAUCUCAUAUUAUCUAUUUCGAACUUCAAACAAAAAAGAAUCCAAGGUUGCAGAAGAAUCACACCCUGAAAAUCUAUUUUCAAUAUGGAGUUUUGAUUGAAAAAUGGUGUACGAGAACAUUAUCGAAGCCACAAAAGAUUUUGACAACAAGCAUCUCAUUGGGGUUGGAGGACAUGGAAGUGUUUACAAAGCAGAGUUGCCUACAGGACAGGUUGUAGCUGUGAAGAAACUCCAUUCAUUACAAAAUGGAGAAAUGUCCAAUCUGAAAGCUUUUGCAAGUGAGAUCCAACCUUUAGCAGAAAUCCGACAUCGAAACAUUGUGAAGUUAUACGGGUAUUGUUCACAUCUAUUGCACUCAUUUUUGGUUUAUGAGUUCUUGGAGAAGGGUAGUCUGGAUAAGAUUUUGAAAGACGAUGAGCAAGCUACUGUGUUUGGCUGGAAUAGGAGGGUGAUUGCCAUUAAAGAUGUAGCUAAUGCUUUAUACUACAUGCAUCAUGAUCGCUCACCUUCAAUAGUUCAUCGCGAUAUAUCCAGUAAGAAUAUUGUUUUGGAUUUGGAAUAUGUGGCUCAUGUCUCAGAUUUCGGAACAGCUAAGUUUCUUAAUCCCGAUAAUUCCAAUUGGACCUCUAAUUUUGUAGGCACCUUUGGAUACACUGCUCCAGAACUUACAUACACAAUAAACGUAAACGAGAAGUGUGAUGUGUAUAGUUUUGGAGUAUUAAGCCUGGAAAUACUUCUUGGAAAACAUCCUGGAGAUAUUGUAUCUACAAUGUUGCAAUCAAGUUCUGUAGGCCAAACAAUUGAUGCUGUGUUGUUGACUGAUAUCUUGGAUCAACGACUCCCUUUUCCUACUAAUGAUAUCAAGAAAGAGGUGGUAUCAAUUAUAAGGAUUGCAUUUCAUUGCUUAACUGAGAGCCCACAUAGUCGCCCUACAAUGGAGCAAGUUUGCAAGGAGAUUGCAAUAUCAAAGUCAUCUUCCAGGGGUUAAUCAUGUACAUGUUAUAGAAAGGGAUGAUUUAUCUAAGGAAUAAAUUAUAGCUAAGUCUCAAUGUUUUCUUUUCUUUCACUCAGAUAUUUGGAGGUAGAUAAUGUAUUUCUCUGUUGG